AUGGGCAAGCGCAGGCAGCGUCGCUCCGCUGAGUUGGCAAAGGAGCAGGGCGGCGCGGAGAGGGCGUCGGGGGCGGCAGCGCGACACCGUGGCGAGGCGGGAGGAGGCCCAGGUGUGGUUGCGGAGGGCGGCAGCGAGGGCACCCCCUCGCGGACUGCCUCGGGCGACGUGCAGGCUGCCAUCGCUGCUGGGGCACCGAAAUCAUCUGAGGAUGCCACGGGGCGGGUGCGUGCGGAGGUCGGCCGCGCAGGGGCGGCCCCGCGGGACCCGGGCGAGGACGACGACCCCGCCAGCCCCACGGCCGGCGGGGACGGGCCGCUCUACAUGCUCCGGGUCGAGGUCCAGCACCGCGAGCAGUGCGGGGACAUCGCGCAGCUCCUGAGCGGAAGCGGAGCGGCCGACCCCGCGGGGGACCCCACGGAAGCAGAACAGCAGCACCCGUCGCCGCACCGCGCGGAGCCGCGGCCGUCGCGGGAGCACGCAGGAGACGCCGAGUCCCCCGCGCCCGCGCAGCGGCCGAGCCAGCAGGAGCUCGCGGCCCGCGCGAGCGCGAACGUCUCCGCGGGCGACUCGAGCUCGGACGUGGAGAUCGAGCUCGACCCGCAGCUCGGGCUCACCGCGCGGCGGGCGCUUAUGAUGGUCGGGCAGGACCCGUCGGGGUUCACCGUGCACCCGGCGUUCGCGGCGUCCCCGCAGGACACGUCCUGCGCGCACGACGCGUGGGUCGAGGCGUUCUGCGCCGCGGAAGCGUACCCGCCGCCCCCGCCGCCGCCCACCAAGACCAAGAGCGCGGAUUUCAAGGCGAAGCUUCCCACGGACGCGUCGUCCACGAGGGAGCCGAGCACGCGCGGAGCGGAGGCGGCCGCGCCGGGGGCCGAGCGCGACGCGGGCACGCCGGCGGCGCGGCAGCACCGGCGGCGCACCGGGCGGCAGAAGCGGCACUCGGUCGACGACGCGGCGCUGACCUGCGCAGAGGUGCAGCCCGCCUCGCAGUCGUACAUCGAGGCGCUGCGCCGCGCCGUCGAGAACGACCGCAAGGACGCCGCGCGAUCGGCCGCCGCCGCCAGCCCCCACGCCGGCCGCGCGGCGCGGUCUGCGGCCGCCGAUGAGCGCCGGGACGCGGCGGGGGUGUCGCGGGCGCGCCCAGCGCCGCUGUCAGUCAACGGCGACGUCCGCGCGCAGCCGGGCGGGCACAGCCGCGCCGCAGGAUUCAAGUCCGGGGGCGCGUCGCCGCGCCGGCACUCCAAGGCGGGCCCGAGCUCCAGCGCCGCGUCCCCGCGCCGCGCGCGCCGCUCGCUCCCGCUCGGGAACGACCACGCGGAGAGCGACGACGGCGCGGACGCCCCGUGGGGCCUCAAGGACCUGCGCGAGCAGCUGGGCGGCGGCGCGCGGCUCGAGGACGUGGUGGACGACGAGGCCGGCGUGCUCGGAGUCGUGUCGGGGAACCCGUCGGUGGAGAGGAUCUGCGGGAGGGUGCAUCUGUAUCGGGACACGACGGCGCCGCUCAAGGCGGGCCCGACCGACGAGCCCAGCAAGGUCCUGCCCCGGCGGCGUGGGGUCGACAUCUGCUGCCUGUCGGUGCCGGCGGACAUGCCGCUGCUCGAGUUCGCUCAGUUCCUCGGAGGCUACCUCCCUAUGGUGCGCACGCUGCGGAUCGUGGAGCGCCCCUCGCACGUGAGCGGCAGUAGCGGCGUCUACCUCGUGCUCAUGCGCUUCAACUCCCAGAGGAACGCGGACGAGUUCUUCAAGGCGUUCCAGGGCCGUCCGUACAACUCGUUCGAGCCGGAGGUGGUCUGUCGCCUCGGGUUUGUGCAGGCGGUGGACUUCCUCGACGGGUCCGCGGUCGACCUGCUGCCCCCGCAAGGGGCGACGGAGCUGCCGAGCUGUCCGGUGUGCCUGGACCGCCUCGACCAGCACAUCAGCGGCGUCGUGAUCACCGCGUGCAACCACUCGUUCCACUCCGAGUGCCUCCUCAAGUGGGGGGACACCAGCUGUCCGGUGUGCCGCUACGCGCAGCAGGCCCCGCCGUCGUCGUCGUGCAUGACGUGCGACUGCACGUCCAACCUGUGGGUGUGUCUGAUCUGCGCGCACGUCGGGUGCGGGCGGUACGCCGCGGGGCACGCCGCGGACCACUUCCGGGAGAGCGGGCACUGCUACUCGAUGGAGCUCGAGACGCACUACGUGUGGGACUACGUCGGCGACGCGUUCGUGCACCGCCUGGCGACGCUCCAGGACAAGGGCAUGCUCAUGGAGGUGCCGCUGCCGGACGACGGCGGCGCGGACGACGCGUGCGGCGAGGACGAGACGUGCUUCCCGGACGUGACCUGCCGGCCGUCGGGGAAGGCGUCCGGCGCGGGGGGGCUGAAGCGGGGCGCCGUAGGCGGGCACGACGACGCCUCGGUCACGGGCAAGGUCCGGGACAUCGCCCUCGAGUACGAGCACCUCAUGGUCAGCCAGCUGGACAGCCAGCGCGUCUACUUCGAGACCAUGCUUUCCCAGGAGCGGGCGGCUCACGCCGUGCGGGAGCGCGACCUGGAGGACGAGCGCAGCGAGGCGGAGGCGCGGGCGGCGGUGCUGCAGAGCCGCCUGGACGACUUCGAGCGGCGGCUGCGGGACUCGGAGCGGCGGUUCCGCGAGGCGGACGCGCAGCGGGAGGCGCUGGCCAAGGAGCGGGACUUUUUGCAGGAGCUGAACAACAGCCUGCUGCGCAACCAAAAGGGGUGGCAGGCCAAGGUGGAGGCGGCCGAGGAGCGGGCGCGCGCGGAGGGCAAGCGCGCGGAGGAGCUCAACGACACCGUGCGCGACCUCAUGGUGUACCUCGAGGCGCAGCAGGUCGUGUCCGGCGAGUCGGAGCUGCAGGGCGGGGACGUCGGCGUGGUGGCGCAGGCGGGCCGACGGGGCGGGCGCGGGCGCGGGCUGCGCGGCCGCAGGGGACGAUGA